AUGGCCACCCUAGCCGUGACGGAGCCCCCCGCCUCUCGGGCGCCCUCCCUCACCCCAUCCCGUUCCCCGGCCCGCACCCCGGCCCGCUCCCCCGCCCGCUUCCCGGCGCUGUCGCCGGCUCUCGGUCCCUCUCGUGGCGGCGGGGAGCGGCGCAGGAACGCCUUGGACGCCAGCGCGGACCUCGGCGCCAUCCAGGAUACACAGCUAAGAUCAGUGGAUUUGAAUCACGUCAUUAAACUACUCGAAGAUUCAAACUCAAAAGAUUUGGAAAAAGAGCAGCUGAAAAGUCUCAAGAAGGUAGCCAAGUGUUUUGAAAAUGGGCUUCCCCUUAAGGAUUUAGCACAAAUAACGGAAAUUCUUAACCUGUGUGCAGAAAAAAUGAAUGAACAAGAAGCUUUCACCAAGCCUUUAUGUGAACUUAUUAAAUUAUGUGGGUUACCAUUUCAAAAAAAGAAAUUUUCUGAUGAAAUAAGCUAUUCCACAGUGGUUUCAAAAUUCAUUGCACAACUGGGUUAUUUGAUGAGGAUUCCAAGCUCUGAAGUUAGAAUACAAAUCUGUAAGUGUGUUAUUAGCUUUUAUAAUACGGAGCCACCAAGAAAACUACUUUCAGGUUGCCAGCCAACAAGUGCAAACUAUAAAAUUCAGAUGGCUGAAUUAGGAGGAUUAGCAGAAACUCUCGUUUUGUCACUAGCAGUAGUUGAAAGUCAACUUAUUGAGAAGUUGUGGGUACUUAAAGCUCUCCAGCAUCUGUCCAGCUCUGGAGUAAAUUGCAGGCUUAUGCUGAAGGCCCGAGCAGCCAGCAAACUCUGUUUGUAUCUAAACGGUGAUGAUCCCUCAGGGCAGCUGGUGUUUCGCUCCUCAGAAAUCCUAUGGAACCUGAUAGAAAAUACCUCAAAAGAAGAAGUCUGUAAUCAGCUCAGUAGCUUGGAAUGUGUACAUACUUUGAAAGAAGUAUUUGAAGACCUUCUUAUGCAUGGUUUCCGUCAUUAUGAUCGGCAGCUACGGAAUGACCUCUUGGUGUUUGCCACGUUACUAGCUGAAAAUCCUGCAGUACCUAUGCUUGAAAGUGGAUUUGCAAAGCUGUUAAUAUCCCUUGCAACGUUUACUGAAGUUAAAAUUCCCAAUCCCUUGGUGAAAGGUCUUAAACUUACCCGCUGUUAUGAGGACUUUGAGAUGAAGAAAUUGCUAUUUCAUGUAAUAGGAGUCUUAUCUAAAGACCCACGUGCUGUACAGCUUCUCAGUGAAAAUGAUGUUAUGCCAGCUUUGCUUUAUUAUGUAAAACCAAAUCAAAAGCCUGGAUUUUAUGAAUGGUCUGCUGCUCAGUAUGAAGAAUUACAGCUUCAUGCAAUUGCUAUUUUAGCUUCUGUGGCUCCCUUGUUAAUAGAUAAAUAUUUGUCCUGCCAAGCAAAUACUCUUCUCCUUGUGUUUCUAGAAUGGUGUAUAGGCCAAGAUGCUUUCUUUGGUCAAGGUAACAGUUUCCAUGGAACAAGUGGUCGUGGCAACAAACUUGCACAAAUGCGGUACAGCCUGAGAGUGCUGAGGUCUGUUGUGGCUCUUCAGGAUGAUGCUGUGAACCUUAAUUUGUGUGACCAGGGAGCAAUUGGCCAGCUACUGGACAUCCUAAAGUAUGCAGUAAACAAAUCUAAAGAGAAAGAAGAUGCCGUUCUACUGGAAAUCCAAGCUGAUACAUUAUUUAUUUUGUCUGUUGUCUGUAAAAACGAUCUCCUCAGAAAGCACGAAUUCUUCAGCUAUGAAGGAGUGGAUAUACUUAUCCCAUUCAUUCAGAUGGAUCCAAAGAAGUUAUGUAGUGGAUUAGGCCACAGUUUUCUCCUUUUAAGUGCACUCGACUGCUUGUGGUCCUGUGUCCUUGGAUGUUACAUUGCAGAGGAUUAUUUUCUUCAAAAACAGGGUAUUUUUCUCCUUCUGGAUUUGUUGGCAGUAAAGCAAAAGAACCUGUGCAAUAUAAUCCUUGGAAUCUUGGUUGAAUUUUGUGACAACCCUAAAACCACUUCACACAUCAGUACCUGGCGAGGGGAGAAAGAUCAAACAGCAGCUAGCCUUCUAAUACAAUUAUGGAGACAGGAGGAAUUGGAUCUAGGAAUCAAACGUGAUCGCUAUGGAAGGAUUGCUGACAUCAAGAGACCUAUUGCUAGCAGCUUCCAGAAACCUCAAGAGGUCAUUCCCUUGCCUGCCAACUGUCCCAGCUUUGCCAUCAUGGAAAUUUCAGAAAACAUACAGGCAAAACUUUAUUCAUUAUUGUGCAAGCUAGGUUUUGAAAAUUUACCUGGGUUAUCGACUAAAGACCGUGUCACACUUGCUAUCAUACAGCAUUAUAUUGACUUCAAAGUUGGAGAAGUUUGGAGUGAAAUUUGUGCAGAACUAAAAGAAGAAUUCAAGCCUAUUGCGUCAGAUGAGGAAGCCCUGAAAGUUCUUUCAGAGGUAUCAGAAGAUACUGGAAGAAUGGUUGCCGCUUUGCAGACUGAAGUGCUUGAAAGUCAACACCAACAAGAAAUACAAGAAGAACAAAAAACGUAUAAAAAGAUCAAAGCUAUACAUAAGCAGAGAGAAAUGCUAAAUAAAUCUUGGGAAAAUUUCUUGACUCGGACAUCCAACUAUGAGGCAUUGAAGAAAGCAAAAAGGCUUCAGGAAAAAUUAAUAGAGGCUUCCAGACCUAAACUGAAGACUCAAAAUGAAGUAGUCUAUUCUACUGAUAUUAAAGGCCUCGGUACAACAAUUGGAUCUGGUCACUUAGUAACUGUCAAAAGUACACCUCCUCAGUUAACUGGAAGGCCACUGAAUGUUACAGAACUUGGUCUUAGAAAGCUACCUCUUUCUAAAGAAGCCUUAAAGAAAGAUCAAAAGCAUUAAAACACUGGACUUGCUGUAGAAAGAUUUGGUACCUGUGGAAUAGAUAGUGUUCUGAACAGUGCUUUUAUUGUAGUUAACUGUAUGUGUAUUUUAGAUACAAGAUAAAAUCUGUUUGUAAUGCUUUGGUGAAUUGCAUAGAGCAUCUUGAGAGCAAAAUUGUAUUUUGCAUUAACUAAUAUAAACAUGGGGAUGAUUUAUUAAUAAGGUACCCUGUACAGUAUGGUACAAAGGUAG